AAUGUGUUUGAUUAUUACCUACCAACCAUACUACUAGUCAAUAAAUUUACGUUCUUUUGAUUUUUCUUUUACUCACGCGUUCUUCGCCAUCUUCGUUCUCUUCUUCAUCACAGCUCAAUUACAUUGAAUUGAAGGCUGAAUAUGGGAGUUUUUGACGAGUUACCUUUGCCUCCAGAAAAAGCUUAUCUGAGAGAAGAAAUCUCUAGGAUCGAUGAGACUUGGACUGCUGCUCGUUUUGAUUCGUUACCUCAUGUUGUUCAUAUCUUAACAUCAAAAGAUCGUGAUGCUGCUGCCCAAUUUUUGAAGGAGCAAAGUGAUGUUAUUGAGGAGGUUGUGGAUGAAGUUGUACAAUCUUAUCAUACUGGUUUCAACAGAGCUAUCCAAAACUAUUCCCAGAUCUUGAGGCUUUUUAGUGAAUCCACUGAAAGUAUAGGUGUAUUGAAGGUAGAUUUGGCAGAGGCCAAGAAGCACCUUAGUGCCCGCAACAAGCAAUUGCAUCAAUUAUGGUAUCGAUCGGUCACAUUACGACACAUAAUCUCCUUAUUGGAUCAAAUCGAAGACAUUGCCAAGGUUCCAGCUCGUAUUGAGAAACUCAUUGCAGAGAAGCAAUAUUAUGCUGCAGUUCAAUUGCAUGUGCAAUCCAUUAUGAUGCUUGAGCGAGGUCUCCAAACUGUUGGGGCACUCCAAGAUGUCCGUUCUGAGUUAACAAAGUUGCGUGGAGUUCUCUUUUAUAAGAUUUUGGAGGAUUUACAUGCACAUUUAUACAACAAAGGUGAAUAUAGUGCCUCAGGCUCAACUAUGCUGGAAAAUGAUGACGACGUUCCCACCACCAUUUCUGUUGCACUUACUGCGCAUAGUUCACAACCUCUGUCUCGAAGAACAAGGUCACUAAAAGGUGACAAUCAGAAUGGCCUCCAGAUUGAUGGAUCUUAUAGGCCCGGACCUGUGGACAGAGGUUCUUUUGAUGGCAAUGAUGAGGAAGGCGCUCUGGAUUCAAGUGAAGAAGCUACUUUAGAUGGAGAUAUGGAAAACAUGAGAAUCAAUGGUAGUGAUGUCACAAAGGAUGCCAGUGGUGCUCUUUGUCAAAUGCCAACAUGGCUUUCGAAUUCGACACCUGAUGAAUUUCUUGAAACAAUUAGAAAGAGUGAUGCUCCACUUUAUGUGAAGUAUCUUCAGACCAUGGUUGAAUGUCUGUGUAUGCUUGGAAAAGUGUCAGCUGCUGGUGCUAUAAUCUGCCAAAGGUUACGACCAACAAUUCAUGAAAUUAUUACAUCCAAGAUUAAAGCCCAUGCAGACCUUUUGAAUUCAUCAAGGUCUAGCAUUGGUAAAGGUUCCCGAACUGGAACAGGUGAUCUACACUUCAUUAAAGGUCAACUAGAAAGCUACCAAUUGCCAAAACAGAAGCGUAAGAAUGGGAUAUCUAUUGCUGGGACUCUGUUGGCUGUUAGCCCCGUUUCCCCUCUCAUGGCUCCUGGCGGGAAAGCACAAGUUGCUGCAAAGGAUCUUCUUGAUUCAAUUUUGGAUGCUGUUGUUCGAAUAUUUGAGAACCAUGUUGUUGUUGGGGAGCUGUUGGAAGCAAAAGUCAGUCAGCAUGUUGACUUGAACACACCAAAAUCAGUGCCAGUAGAUGUGAGUUGGAACCCUGAUUCUGAAGCAUCUCAAGUCACAGGAGGUUACAGCAUAAGUUUCUCCUUGACAGUGUUACAGAGUGAAUGCCAACAACUUAUAUGUGAAAUUCUGCGGGCUACUCCAGAAGCUGCAUCUGCUGAUGCCGCUGUGCAAACAGCUAGACUUGCAAGCAAAGCCCCUUCGAAAGAGAAAAGGGAUGGAUCAGAAAAUGGUCUUACCUUCGCAUUUCGCUUCACUGAUGCUACAAUAUCUAUUCCUAAUCAGGGAGUUGAUCUUGUUCGCCAAGGAUGGAAUAGGAAGGGUCCCAAUGUGGUGCAGGAGGGUUAUGGCUCUGCAGCGGUUUUACCUGAGGAGGGCAUAUAUUUAGCAGCAUCAAUAUACCGACCUGUGCUUCAGUUCACAGAUAAAGUUGCUUCAAUUCUGCCAACGAAGUAUUCCCAACUUAGCAAUGAUGGGUUGCUAGCUUUUGUGGAGAACUUUGUAAAGGACCACUUUUUACCAACUAUGUUUGUGGACUACCGAAAAGGCGUACAACAAGCCAUAUCAAGUCCGGCUGCAUUUCGUCCAAGAGCACACGUGGUUACUACUUAUACCUCGUCAAUUGAAAAGGGCCGGCCUGUAUUACAAGGAUUAUUGGCUAUUGAUUACUUGACAAAAGAGGUGCUUGGCUGGGCACAAGCAAUGCCCAAAUUUGCUAAUGAUCUUGUGAAGUAUGUGCAAACUUUUCUGGAGAGGACUUAUGAAAGAUGCCGGACUUCAUACAUGGAGGCUGUUCUUGAAAAGCAGAGUUACAUGCUUAUUGGGAGGCAUGAUAUUGAGAAAUUGAUGAGGCUUGACCCCUCAAGUGGAUAUUUACCAAAUCUGCAAGGUCCUUUUAAUUUGGAAAGCAAUUCCUAUGACACUGAAACAAUUGAGGCUGAACUGGAGCUAAGUGAAUUACUGCUAAACUUGCGUCCUAUUAAGCAGGAAAACCUAAUCCACGAUGACAAUAAACUUAUUUUGUUGGCAUCCCUUAGUGACUCACUGGAGUAUGUUGCAGACUCUGUUGAAAGGCUUGGACAGACUACUCAAAGAGCAACAAAUCAUAUUGGAGGAAAGCAUCAUAGUCAUUCGGACAGUGAACCUACAAGGAGCCUAGCAUCAUUUGCUCGAGAUUAUAGAAAAUUGGCAAUUGACUGCCUUAAGGUUUUACGUAUAGAAAUGCAAUUGGAGACAAUAUUUCAUAUGCAGGAAAUGACAAAUACAGAAUACUUGGAUGACCAAGAUGCUGAAGAACCAGACGACUUCAUCAUCUCUCUCACUGCACAGAUAACCCGAAGAGAUGAGGAAAUGGCUCCUUUUAUUUCAAAUGCAAAGCGGAAUUACAUAUUUGGUGGAAUUUGUGGGGUUGCAGCAAAUGCAUCUAUUAAGGCUUUGGCGGAUAUGAAGUCUAUUAAUCUUUUUGGUGUUCAGCAAAUAUGUCGAAACUCGAUUGCGUUGGAACAGGCAUUGGCUGCCAUCCCAUCCAUAAACAGCGAAGUAGUGCAACAAAGAUUGGACCGAGUACGCACCUACUUUGAACUCUUAAACAUGCCAUUUGAGGCCUUGCUUGCCUUCAUCACAGAACAUGUACACUUGUUUACUGCUGCAGAGUACGCCAACCUUUUGAAUGUUCUGGUCCCUGGGAGGGAGAUUCCUCCCGAUGCACAUGACCGAGUGUCCGAAAUAUUAUCCUUGUAGUGUGUUCAUUGUUUUAUGCCAGAGUUCAUUCUGGACAGCUUGGGUGCUCGCGUCAAUUAGGUUUCUGAAAAAUGAUGAUGCAACAACAAGCCGAUGCAGAUGUUUGAUUUUACCACAAGUUUCAACUGAUUACUAGUUGAAAGAUGGUUUGAUUCUGCGCUUGAUGAUGGCAAUGACACCCACACCCACCCCCACCCCUCCAUUUGUUUGUAAUGUAAUUAUAAUGUGAUGACAAUUUUGGUUGAUGCUUCUUUCCUUUUGGUCUCUCUCUCUCUCUCUCUCUCUCUCUCUGGGGUUGAGCACUUGUGUGAUGAAAAAGUUAAAUUCAUGUAUAUAUCAUGAAAAUUCUGAAAAUCAGCUGUGUAUGUUUUUCAUGCUAGAUAUAAUUUCCUUUCUGCAAAAAUGUGACCCUCUAUAAUUAAAAGUGAAAAUUUGUGCAA